CAAUAGCAAAAGAUAGCUAGCUGCAAUAGAGAUACUAGAGGCCACCUUACAGAAGAUGUGGACAAAUGCAGUGCUCAAGUUUAGAAGGACUUAUACAUUUUACUGGUUUUGUCUUGUUGUCUUGACAGUUGCAAUCACAUGCUGUGAGUCUACCUUUGAGUGGAGCUGCUCUACCCCUGUCAAUAAUGUCACCUUCUUUCCUGACAUACCAACGAAUGUGUCUGAUCCUCUUAUCAGUAAUGAAAGAACAAUACCAACACCUGUAGGACAGCUCUUCAUUUACCCUGUACCACAAGAAGUACAGAGGUGUAGUGGAACUGUUACUGGAGUUCAGUAUUGCUAUAAAGGACAAUCAGUUAGUUUUACUUUACUGAUUUUUGUUGAGCCAGUUGAUUCUACUGGCAGCAUACAGUACAACGUGAGCCAAGUCAUUCCAAUAAUCAACAAUGGAUCCAUGUGCUCAGGAUCUGUAUGCUGUGCAUCCUCAACCUUUAAUGCAGAUACUCAGUUUCAACUGCUGGAGACUGGUGUCUUUACGUAUGGAAUUAGAGCAGUUGAAUCUUCUAUUCUGGGAUUCCACUCUAGUGCAGACUAUAAUGUAUCUUCUUACCUUCGAAGUGCAGCUGAGCUUAUGGACUCAAUGAUAACCAUCUCUCCUCCUACUAUUUCUAGUAACACUCUGAGAAUUGUUCAAUUCAUAGUUGAAACAAGCACUACAACUGCUCUCUCUGACUCGGAAAUUACCACAGACCCGUCUACUGCUAGGACCCCUCAAACAACCACCUCUCCAGACAAUGAUGUCACCACUGCUGACCCAUCAACUGCAGAGGCCACCCUCAGUAACACAGCAAUGACCUCCUCUCCUCAGGUAGGUGAUGGUGAUGACAGCUCUCCAUCAGGUGCUGUGGGCACAGUGGUUGGUGUACUGGUGUCUGCAGUGCUACUGAUGGUGGGUGUGUUUGUGUUGGUCAUAUGCAUUCGUACGAGGAGGAGAUCCACUGAUAAAUGGAACCCUGAGGUUGUUUCUGAACGACAGCCCGUGGACAGCAACAAGAUCGAGGGAAUCAGUAAUGCCAUCUAUGGUGCUGGGGCUGGAGACCUAGAGGUGGGUAUGGAACUAGAUUCUCUAAGGCAACCAAGGAAAAGCAUAUCUAAUAGCAACUAUGACUAUGCUCGAGUUGAUACUCCUCCUAAUGAAACCAAGGGCCACGAGUAUGCUACAGCUGAUGAGCUGUCAGAGCUGAGGAAGGCAGAGGUUAAAUAUUCCUACGCCACUACUGGUCCUGCAGUCCCUCCAGCAAGAGACUCACGGAGAACUGUUCCUGGUAGCAGCCACAAGAGCAGAGGUUCUAUCACUGACGCUAUCUACAUGGUACCAGCCUGCGAUGAGAACUCACUCUAUGCUCAGUUCACUGUGAUCAAGAUUAAAGCACUCUCACACUCAGCCAUCAAGCUUAAGGAGAAGCUUGGUGCCGGGCAGUUUGGCACAGUACACAAGGCGGAGAUGCUCACUGGAGAUAAGACCUCUCAGCUGGUAGCUGUGAAGACACUCAACAAAGGAGUGGAUGAGGCAGACAAAGUCAAGUUCCUCCAGGAGGCGGCCAUCAUGGGUCAGUUCAGGCAUCCCAACGUGGUCAAGCUGUACGGAGUGGUGACUGAAGAAGAGCCGGUGAUGAUAGUACUGGAGCUGUUGUUGACUGGUGACCUGAGGAACCAGCUCAUUAAGAGCAAGGAGGGGAAGAACUGUGGUAUUGAUGUCCACACUCUACUGAGCUACUGCCGACAGAUAGCCUCAGGCAUGGCGUACUUGUCUAGUAAGGCGUUUGUGCACAGAGACCUGGCAGCCAGGAACAUACUGGUGUCAGAGGAGGGAGUGUGCAAGGUUGCAGAUUUUGGCAUGUCACGUGAUUUGAUGGACGAGACUUACUACAUCUCCCACGGAGGAAAAAUCCCUGUGAGGUGGACUGCCCCUGAGGCGCUCCAUUACAAGAAGUACUCGACAGCCAGUGAUGUGUGGAGCUUUGGUUGUGUCAUGUACAAGAUAUGGAGUCUGGGGCACAAACCAUUUGAAGCUUUCUCUAACAAUCAAACAAUCAAGGAGGUUGAUGAAGGAUACAGGUUGGCCCCUCCCCCUGGGACCCCCCGGACAGUUUACAAGCUCAUGAUGGAAUGUUGGCACCCUGUGAAGGGAGAGAGACCCACAUUCACUGAGCUGAUGCAAGAGCUUAGUCUACCAGACACCAAGCUCCUGCACUGGAGGGAUGAGGACAGGGACACACACCCUGAGGCUAGUACUCUUGGAGCUCCCCUCAACUUCACAGAGCAGCUGUACAUGGACUUACAAGAGAGCUAUGUUGUGUCAAAGAAUAGUGUAGGAACGUAUGAAACCCCUGUUAUGAGUAUUAUUAAAUAGUUAGCCAGCAAAUUUUUAUACCUCUACUCAUAUAAAUGAAUAGAAUCAAUAACACUCGCUAUUUUUUUGAUGUUCAUAUAUCCUGUUGUUUUGAAA